UUGACAUUAGAUGCCUGCGUUACCUGCUGUUCGUGGUGACGGUUUAGUUUAAAGUAGCCGUAGUUAUCUCGUCAGUGAGAGCUAUUCGAAGAAGCGAGUGUAAAGCUAGCACGGUAUACAAGUAUUGCAAGCUAACUCGCUUAGCUGUGGUUAAGGACUGAGCGGUUUUGCAAAAAAAACUUUCGAGGCUUGGUAAGAGCUAACUGAUUAUCAAGGACACCCAACAGCUCACAGAGCCCAUGAAUGAGAGAAGACAAUUGGACAAAGCAAAGGAUUAAAUGGAUCUGACAACCUAACUUCAUAUCUGCACAUGGCUUUAUUUAAGAGAUGCAAAAUGGGCAAGGAAGUCUGUCUGCAGAGAAUUUGGAGGCUUCAAAGGUCUCUACAUGUAGCCUCCCCCAAGUGCAGUGACUCCUCUGUGACGUACACAGAGCAUCUUUUUGGAAUGAGUUGAUUUUGUCCCCAUACUGGCACAAAGACUGAAGGCAGGGGGUGUCAAGAGAUCCAGGGGACUCUGCUUUGGUUUAUUUUUCUUUUAAAGGCAAGGCUAGACAUAAUGAAAACUUUUGGUUGUUUAUAGCAGCCUUUUUAAAUAAAUUCCAGCUGGACUUUUGGUUGCUAUCAAGCCACUAUACUCAACUGGUUUGAACAAUAAUUUGUUUUCGUGUUUUUUCCCCGUCCGUCGAAGUUUAAAAUGCUGGCGUUCUUCCCCCUGCUGUAAUCCCCAGUUUCUUCCACCUACCCAGUGCCUGAAUAAGCACCCCCCACCCCCUCGGGACAAUCACAGAAGUCAUCAACAGCUGCUCAGCUCUAUUCUCUGCCUGUGUUCCUCCACAUGCUUCUGCUCUCAGCCUGCUGGCUAUCCACCUACUACCUCUUUGAUUUCUGGGUGUUUUCUCUUCAUGUUCCUUAUUUUCUGUGUGCAUUAUUAAAACACUAGCAUAGUGAUGAGCAUUAAUUCAAUUCAAUUCAAAUUAAGCACACAACAUUGGAUUGGAGAGAAACCUAGAUUGCGCCAAUUUUAGUUGCAAUUGUAUAUGCACAACAGUGUUUGGGUUGCACUGGUGCCACAGAGCAUCUUAAGAAUAGAUUUAUUUAUAUUUUUGCACCAAAUACAGUUACAUCUAAGCCAUACAAAACAAUAUUUAUAAUUGACACAUAUUUUUGUAUCACAUUGCUUUAUAUAGUUUUACUUUUUUAUGCUUCUUAUAAUAUCAUGCACACACAUUUACAAAAAUCUACACACAUGCAACUAGAGGAGUAUAUUACUUAAAAAAUAAAAAGAUUGUUUUUGAGUAAUUAUAUUAGUGCUAGGAGAUUAGUAUCUAGUGAGUUGCUGCUUUGCAUAGUGUUCGUUUUCCUAUCCAGUGUGUGGUCAUGGCCCUUCCUCCCAAACAAACGCCAUAUUUGCCAUUGUGACCUGUAAAGCACACUUAACAGGAGGUAGGCGGUAGAUAUCUACCUCUCUCUCUCUUCCUCCCCUCUGUCUCUGUGUCUGAUGCCGGGCUUCAGCGGUGGGGGGAUUGGGGGAGGAGUGGGUGGUCCCGCUUCUACUCCUCCCCGUUCAAUACGACCAAGCCGAUAUGUUCCAGUGUCUGCAGCCACCACUUUUCUUGUUGGAUCCACCACCCUGUUCUUCUGCUUCACGUGCCCAUGGUUGUCUGAGUAUUUCUCCUCUGUCAUUCCCAUCUACAUUGCUGUGAUCUUCCUCUUCACCCUCGCCAACUUUUACAUGGCUACUUUCAUGGACCCAGGAGUAUUUCCCAGAGCGGAAGAGGACGAGGAUAAAGAGGACGAUUUUCGCGCUCCGCUCUAUAAGACAGUGGAGAUCAAAGGCAUCCAGGUGCGCAUGAAGUGGUGUUCAACCUGCCGCUUCUAUCGCCCGCCACGGUGCUCUCACUGCUCAGUCUGUGACAACUGUGUGGAGGAUUUUGACCACCACUGUCCUUGGGUGAACAACUGCAUUGGUCGAAGGAAUUAUCGCUAUUUCUUCCUUUUCCUGCUAUCGCUUACCACCCACAUCAUUAACGUAUUUGGAUUUGGUUUGGUAUUUGUUUUACACCACCGUCAGCAGCUGGAUACGCCACAUGCUGCGGUUACUAUGGCUGUAAUGUGUGUGGCUGGUCUGUUUUUUGUCCCAGUCGCUGGCCUGACUGGGUUCCACAUAGUGCUUGUUGCUCGCGGCAGGACCACAAAUGAACAGGUGACAGGAAAGUUUCGGGGUGGCGUUAACCCUUUCACCAAUGGUUGCCUGAGGAAUAUUUCUUAUGUGCUCUGCAGCUCCCAGGCCCCUAGGUACGUGGGCAGGUGGCGGAGCCCUCAAUCAGUGGAAAUACAGACGCCAUUUCUUAGACCGCCUCUCACUGAGGCCCAACUUGAAGCCAAGAUCCUGGACAAUGGCAUCCAGAAUGACCGACACAGUGCCAGGUCCAAGAGCAGUCUAGAUCAGAUGGAGAGCCAGUCAGCUGAUGCAGAGCCUCCACCUCCUCCAAAGCCAGAACUGCGUUAUGCUGGCCUGCCUCGUGCUGACACAGAGGAGAGCAGUUUGUUGACUGAAGCUCCACCUACACCAUCAAUGUAUAAGUACAGACCAGCCUACAACAGCCCAGGAAGGAACCACACUGCGCUCACACACCCCAGCAAGAUGAUUCGUGGAGAGAGUCUUGACUCUCCAUCUCCCUCUAUCCUCCAAUCCAGCCGCCAACCUAGCUAUCGCUCAGAGCCAAGCAGCCUAGAUGGGGUCACGAUGGUGGGGGGAGGUAUAGGUGCGCGCAGAGGGGGAGGGGAGAGGGGUGAGGGCCCCGGAGGCCCUGUCGGGCCUGCUGGGGGGGUGUCGGCAGGCAUGUCGGGUUACUCCCUGACUGGCCGCUCCUACACCUCCUACCCAUCCUCACUCGUUCUGUCCACUGGUGGCUCGCGGUCCUCCAGCCUGCGCUCAGCGCACCCAGCUCAUAACCCUCUGUCCACGCUCCAAUCAGAAGGCACUACAGACACCAGCUACAAAAGCCUGGCCAAUCAAACACCUCGGAAUGGCAGCCUGUCUUAUGACAGCCUACUGACACCAUCCGAUAGCCCAGAGUUUGAGUCAGCCGCCCAUGAGCUGUCACCGCAGAAGCCGUAUGCUCCAUUUCCCUCGGCACCUAUAACAGACCGCCAUGAGGUGGUGUUGCCCAGUACCCCGCUGCAGGGCUACAUGUCGCCCUUCCUCUCAGCUCAGAUCGCCCAGCAGAGGGAGGGGCAGCUACUCCAGGGCUCUGCCACUUUCUCCUCCCCUCACAGGGCCUACCUGCGUGCCAUCAGCCCUCCCCCUCCUUCCUUCGUUGGGCCUCCUGAGACCCAGCACCUGCUCCUGCAUAACCAAGAAAACUCUGCCCGAGGCCUUCGUAACCCUUCCUCCUCAUCCUCAUCCCCUGGGGCUCGUUCACAAGAAUCCCCUCUCUCUCCUCCACCUCGCGGCCUCUCUCUGGGCAAGUCUCAGACUUACACUGUAGAGGCAGGGCAUCAGCACAAACCUCGACCUGCAGGAGGAGGCACUGUGCUGGGAGGGGGAGGAGCCGGAGGAGGGCAACAGGCUCCACAAUUCACCUCUCGCCCACUCUCGGCCACAUCCAAACCAGGGGGCGGGGUGAAGAAGGUGACUGGAGUCGGAGGGACCACUUAUGAGAUAUCGGUUUGAGUGACGGGCUUCCUCCAUGACCUAUCACGGGGGGGGGGAGUUACUGGACUACUUCCACUUGCCUCUUCAUUGAGCUGGACUUCCUCCACAAACGUGGGCUUCUGAAAAAUUACAAUUUUCCCGCUGUAACGGGCUAAAGGAGCGUUUGAUCCUCAAUUUGUUGUCUUUGUGACGCCAAUGGCUCUUCGCCUUUGCCGACCUUUCAAAUUUGAACAAAGAGGAAAUGGACAGUGGACACUUUUUACCAGAAUCAUUUUGUCUCCUUUCAGCCACUUUGUGAGCCAUAGACUGAUGUGACUGCAUCAUCACAGCUGUGUACAGAUUUGUCACACAGCUGUUCACUGAUUUUUCUGUUUUACUUUGGUACAUUAGAACAGUACAAAGUACUGACUGUAGUCUCUUCCACUUAAAGAAAGGAUGGCCUUUAUCCAGUGGAUAUCAAAUUAAAGUGGGAGGAUUAAGGACCAUUGAACCAAGUGAAACGCCUUUUCCACUGUCUGGACGGACCACACAGCCUGUUGAUGGGAGUGUCAUGGAGAAAAGAGUCCAACCUAUAAACACAGUAUCAUUUAGUUUUAUAAAUCUUUUUAAAAAUAUUGUUUUAUAUACAUGUAUAAAAUCUUACAGAUUAUUAUUGGGUCAGAUUGUCAGCUAUUGACGACGGUGGCAGAUGUACUGUGUGUAAUUAUUCAUGAAAGUAAUUUUAGAUCAGUUGACUGUCUAUAUUUGAUGGCUGCAUCAGCCAAUCAUGAGCUCUUGCUGGAACUUUCAUUGUCCAAAGAGAUGGAUGACCCUGUGUUGACCGCCGAUGUGGCAAAUUAUUGAGCUGAUUUAAAAAAAAAAAAAAAGACCACAAAGAAAUUUCCGAAUCAUGAUUCCAGCACAAGUAUCUUUGUGGAAUGUAAACUUGUAAUGUUGAUGCUAGAGUCAUUAUGCAAAAUCAGUUUGUAGCUUUAAGAACAUUUCAUGUUUAUUUGGUGUUUGUUUUUUUUCUGUGAUCCUCUGUCUGUCAGUAGAGACACAAGCAGAACCUUUAAAAGACGGUCAGCCAAAUAGAGGCAGCGUGGGAAGGGCUUAUUUAUUUCACCAGACAAAACAACCAUAUAGUUCUGGACAUAGUUUCAAACCUGUCCUCAUCAGUUUGGUCUUUUUUUCCUGAAAAAAAGUUUAUGAAUGAAAUUGUAAAUGCAAUAUGCCACUGAAAAGUUUCGAGGAGUGACUGGCAAUUGUUUUAUUUGCCUUGAGACCAUUCAUAGAGAAACAAUUAUAUAUAUAUAUAUAUUUUAUAUACAAUCUUCUGAGGACGGGCCAACUUGUUAAUUUUGAGAGCUUUUUUUUCCUAAAGGUACAAAUAUUUUUUACCCUCAUGUGAGCUUGUCCUCCAGGAUGAGGCAUUGCACUCAAAGGUGUUUAAUUUUAUUUUCUAUCCAGGCCCACAGCAGUGUCUGCAGCAGGCCAAAUCUGGCUUUGUACCUUUAUUCAUUUUCAGCCCCUGUUCCCUCCCCAAGGCUUUGUCUACAGCGUGCAUGUGAUUUUUGGUUUGUGGUGCUGAAUGCUUCACUAGUGUGCAUACCCGUGAGAAUAUUGUCAAAUGUCUACCUGGUCCAUGUGUGGGUGGUGUAAUGGCACCAGCAGCCAUCGUACAGAGAUAAAGAGAACAGUGUUACUUUCUUCCUUCUCUGGUCAAAUAUGGUGACCAUUGAACAAUUUGAAGCCAUGUGAGAAAAGUAAGUAUACUUCUGUGCGAGAUGAAAUAUCCCUACUGUGGGCUGUGAUGAAUGGAAGGAGUUUCACCAAUAUCUAAUGAGUACAUUAAAGACAUUUCUAAAAAUGGCCUUAUCAAUAAUUUCUAAAAGUCUUCUCGGAAUAAAUGGUCAAUCUGAUGAAAAACCAAGCACA